AUAAAUUGAGCGCUCUCUCUCUGUUCAUCUUCCCCGAAGUAUUGAGAGACGUUGCAAAUCGGAGGGAUUUGGAAUUGCGAUUGAGGGAAGACGGAGGGCGAUGGCUAGCUCUCUCGAGAACAUCAAGAAUGAGGCCGUCGAUCUGGAGAAAAUUCCCGUUGAGGAAGUCUUCCAGCAGUUGAAAUGCACCAGGGAAGGUUUAACUACAGAAGAAGGAGAGAACAGGCUCCAGAUUUUUGGCCCCAACAAAUUGGAGGAGAAAAAGGAAAGCAAGAUACUUAAGUUUUUGGGGUUCAUGUGGAAUCCUCUCUCAUGGGUCAUGGAAGCACCUGCCAUAAUGGCCAUUGCAUUGGCUAACGGUGGUGGGAGGCCACCGGAUUGGCAAGAUUUCCUUGGUAUUGUCUGUCUUCUGGUUAUCAACUCCACUAUAAGUUUCAUCGAAGAAAACAAUGCCGGCAAUGCUGCUGCUGCUCUUAUGGCUGGUCUUGCUCCCAAAACCAAGGUUCUAAGGGAUGGCAAAUGGGGUGAGCAGGAGGCUGCUAUCCUUGUUCCUGGAGACAUCGUUAGCAUCAAGCUUGGGGAUAUUAUCCCUGCUGAUGCCCGUCUUCUUGAGGGUGAUCCUUUGAAGGUGGAUCAAUCUGCCUUGACCGGAGAAUCUCUCCCUGUGACAAGGGGUCCAGGGGAUGAAGUUUUCUCUGGUUCGACCUGUAAGCAAGGUGAAAUCGAGGCAGUUGUUAUUGCCACUGGUGUUCACACUUUCUUUGGAAAGGCUGCUCACCUUGUUGACAGCACCAACCAAGUUGGUCACUUCCAACAAGUUCUAACAGCCAUCGGGAACUUCUGUAUAUGUUCCAUUGCUGUCGGUAUGCUGAUUGAGAUCAUUGUCAUGUACCCGAUACAACACCGGAAAUACAGGGACGGGAUCGACAAUCUUCUGGUGCUCUUGAUUGGUGGGAUUCCCAUUGCUAUGCCUACCGUGUUGUCUGUGACGAUGGCUAUUGGCUCUCACAGGCUUUCCCAGCAGGGUGCUAUCACCAAGCGGAUGACUGCCAUUGAAGAAAUGGCUGGCAUGGAUGUCCUCUGCAGCGACAAAACUGGAACACUAACUCUAAACAAGCUUAGCGUUGACAAAAAUCUGGUCGAGGUUUUCACAAAGGGGGUGGAUAAAGAUGAAGUGAUCUUGUUAGCUGCAAGGUCUUCCAGAACAGAAAACCAGGACGCAAUUGAUGCUGCCAUGGUUGGAAUGCUUGCUGAUCCAAAGGAGGCAAGAGCUGGUAUUAGAGAGGUGCACUUUUUACCAUUCAAUCCAGUGGACAAGAGAACUGCUUUAACUUAUAUCGAUGCUGAUGGCAACUGGCACCGAGCGAGCAAAGGAGCUCCUGAGCAGAUCCUUGACCUCUGCAAUGCUAGACACGAUCUGAGGAGCAAAGUCCACUCUGUUAUCGAUAAGUAUGCUGAUCGCGGCCUGCGGUCGCUUGGUGUCGCGAGACAGGUGGUACCUGAGAAAACAAAAGAAAGUCCUGGUGGCCCAUGGCAGUUCGUUGGCUUGUUGCCUCUUUUUGAUCCUCCAAGGCAUGACAGCGCAGAAACCAUCAGAAGAGCUCUAGAGCUCGGUGUCAAUGUCAAGAUGAUUACUGGUGAUCAACUUGCUAUCGGCAAGGAGACUGGUCGCAGACUUGGAAUGGGAACAAACAUGUACCCAUCUGCAUCUUUGCUUGGCCAAGACAAAGACCCAAGCAUUGCUUCCAUUCCUGUAGAAGAGUUGAUCGAGAAGGCAGAUGGGUUUGCCGGUGUCUUCCCGGAGCACAAAUAUGAAAUCGUGAAGAAGUUGCAAGAGAGGAAGCAUAUUUGUGGUAUGACUGGUGACGGUGUGAAUGACGCUCCUGCACUGAAGAAGGCCGACAUUGGUAUUGCUGUGGCUGAUGCUACAGAUGCUGCGAGAAGUGCCUCUGACAUUGUUCUCACGGAGCCUGGACUCAGUGUCAUUAUCAGUGCUGUGCUGACCAGCCGAGCUAUUUUCCAGAGAAUGAAGAACUACACAAUUUAUGCAGUUUCAAUCACCAUCCGUAUUGUGUUUGGCUUCAUGUUCGUUGCUCUGAUAUGGAAGUUCGAUUUUUCACCAUUCAUGGUUUUGAUCAUUGCUAUUCUGAACGACGGUACCAUCAUGACAAUAUCAAAGGACAGGGUCAAGCCGUCCCCCACACCAGAUAGCUGGAAACUGAAUGAGAUCUUUGCCACCGGAGUUGUUCUCGGAGGCUAUAUGGCCUUGAUGACGGUCAUAUUCUUCUGGGGUGCUUACGAGACUGAUGUCUUCCCGAGAAUGUUCGGCGUGAGGGACCUGAGAGGCAGAGAACAUGAGAUGAUGGCUGCACUCUACCUACAAGUCAGUAUCGUGAGCCAGGCUCUUAUUUUUGUCACCCGGUCCCGAAGCUGGUCUUUUGUUGAACGCCCUGGACUGCUAUUGGUUACAGCCUUUAUACUUGCACAACUGGUUGCCACGGUGAUAGCUGUAUAUGCGAACUGGAGUUUUGCGAGAAUAAAGGGAAUAGGGUGGGGAUGGGCAGGAGUCAUCUGGCUCUACAGCAUUGUUUUCUACGUGCCAUUGGACGUCAUGAAGUUCGGCAUCCGUUACGUACUGAGCGGGAAGGCUUGGGUCAACCUGAUCGAUAACAAGACGGCAUUCACGACCAAGAAAGACUACGGAAGAGAAGAGAGAGAAGCGCAGUGGGCGACGGCACAGAGGACAUUACAUGGACUGCAACCAAAGGAAGGUGCCAACAUCUUCCCCGAGAAAGGCAGCUACCGAGAACUGUCUGAGAUAGCCGAGCAAGCCAAGAGACGAGCUGAGAUCGCCAGGUUGAGGGAGCUGCACACGCUGAAAGGGCACGUAGAAUCGGUGGUGAAGCUGAAGGGUUUGGACAUUGAUGCUCCCGCUGGUCACUACACCGUUUAAUAAGAUACACACAUUCUAAAAUUUGGAACAUGAUGAUGAUGACGAUGAUGAUGAACAUACCCAUGCCUUUCUAAGGGGGGAGACUGCAAUCUUUUUUUUUUUUUUUGUAGUGUUGAAUUCCUUUAAACUCCGAUUUUCCUUUUUUUUUUACUAAUCAUUGUUAUCAGUAGUUUAUGUAUUACAAAAAAUGGGACAAAUAAAUCGAAAUAUAUUUUUAUAUAUUUCUCGGCA